UUAGAGGUUAUAAAUUAUUUGAAAAAGAGUCUCUGUUUGAAUACUAUCCAAAAUAUCGUUUUUUCGUGGUGUAUUACUUCUAAAUAACGGCUUAAUAAUGAAAUUGUUGACCCAUAAUAUGUUAUCAAGCAGAUGUUUGAAAGGAGUUAAUGUUGGUUACCCCCUAGGCAUUAAAGUGGAGGAAGUUACUUCAUCAGUUGUUGAUUUCAAUCCAGAAUUCAUACAGAGAAUUAUACCAAAGUUAGAAUGGAAUGUACUCAAAGAAGCAUCUGAUACAGUUGUGGAAAACGGAUAUCUUCCUAAUGAACUUAUCGACAAUUACAGCAGCGACGAAGACUUUCUCAAAAAAGUUCAUCAUGUCUUGUUAGAAGUUGAAGUGAUUAAGGGUAAUUUGAUUUGCCCUGAAACUGGACGUUCCUUUCCUAUAAGUAAUGGAAUACCUAACAUGCUUCUGAAUGAAGACGAAGUUUGAGUUAUCGAUGAUAUGUAUUGUAUCUCUCAGCAUUUUAAACGCAAUCGACUCCCAGCAGUGCUAGGAACAUGAGGUUGUAUGUGAUUUAGGAUUAAAUGUAUAUAUUUAAUGAAA